GACCUCCGCAGGAUGCAGCCUUCGGAUUGAGAACUGCCACCCGCCAUAAAACAUAAAGAAAAAGAAGACUGUGAACCUCAGAACCUGCUCGUCUCUGAAGCUCUAUAUGCCUCUUUGAUUAACAAGUCAACGACUAUUGCAAGUAGCUGCAUAAGGUUUGUAUCCCUUGUUUUUACAGUGCUUGUGCAGAUUCCGGAAAAUAAAUUAUAUAAAUUAAACCCGUUUAAGACUCUCUGCUACAAAGACGGCCAAUUGGGGCAGCUACUGGCAGUUUCUAUUAUGGUGCUUAAAGGUCUGUGCGACAUUUGGAUAUUUAUUUCUUAUUAUUUUUUAGAUUUCUGUCAACAUUUAGUUUGUUUUUGUUAUUUGCGGAAGUUGAUGUAUUUUUCUUUCACUUCCCAUUUUUUGAAAGGCAAUAAUGCCACAACAAGAAGGUAAUAAGUUUCAAUUAUUAAACAUGUUAUAUAUAUAUAGCCAUUAAAGUUUACAGGUUACUGGAGCACAUUUUAUAUUUUUAAUGUGUUAAAUGUGUUUAAUAGGUAACACAUCACAUCAGGUUACAAAAGUCAAAAACAUUUUUUUAGGUUGAUUACGUGUUCACUCUGUAUUGUAUUUGUAUGCAGUCAUUAGACAACUUUUACAAGUAACAUGAGAUUAUGUUUCUUUUUUACAGAAUGAGAAGAUUGUGGCUUCAUCACAAACCAAUCACACUUUUUAUUGUAACACUGAUUGUACUUAUAUAUGUUUUUACAAUUGUGUUAUUAAAAAUUAAAGGUCCUACCUUCAGAUCAACAAGAGUGUUUGAUAGACAGCGACUAACAAUAAAAUAUGGGAUUGAUUGCUCAGCAAUAUAUGAUAUGGAACCGGUGGAAGUGGGAAAAUCUUUAGCCAUCCGUAAAAACAAAAGCUAUGUGGGACCAACUGACAUGAAUAUUGUGAAUGCCACCUCUGAUUGUGAUCGGUUUAUAGCGUCAAAGGGUUAUAAUGCGGUACAAGGCUCUGAAUUUGAACGUGAAUUUCCUCUUGCUUACUCUUUAGUCGUUCAUAAGAAUGCAGAUCUUGUGGAGAGGAUGCUAAGGGCCAUUUAUAUGCCACAUAAUGUUUAUUGCAUACAUUAUGACCUGAAGUCUUCAGAUGACUUUAUUUCAGCGAUGCAAGGUCUGGCCCGCUGCAUCCCUAACGUCUUCAUUGCCUCAAAACUGGAGAGGGUGCAGUAUGCAGGCAUCUCACGCCUCAAAGCAGAUCUUAAUUGUCUGUCUGAUCUCCUGGAGUCUGAGGUGAAGUGGAAGUAUGUCAUCAAUCUGUGUGGUCAGGACUUUCCACUGCGGACGAAUGCUGAACUGGUGUCAGAUCUAAAGAUGCUUAAAGGUAUGAACAUGGUGGAGACCAGACAGCCUGGUGGAAAGAAGUGGCGCUGGACUUUUCAUCAUGUUCUGAAAAAUAACACUGAAUACUACAACUCACCUUGGACUACCAGAAAGAAGAAAAAUCCACCACCUCAUAACAUAGAAAUGUUUGUGGGCAGUGCAUACUUUACACUCUCACGGGAAUUUGCACUUUUUGUUCAGUGGAGUUCUCUAGUCAGAGAUUUUUUAGCUUGGUCUGAGGACACAUACUCACCUGAUGAACAUUUUUGGGCAACUCUGGUUCGUGUGCCUGGAGUACCAGGAGAGGUGCCAAGAUCUUACCCUGAUAUCACAGAACUGACAAGUAAAACCCAUCUGGUGAAGUGGGUUGGUUUUGUAGAUAUUCUUUACCCACCAUGCACCGGAGUCUAUCAAAGGGAAGUGUGUAUUUAUGGUUCUGCUGAGCUCAGAUGGCUUCUUGACUAUGGUCACUGGUUUGCUAACAAAGUGGACCCAAAUGUGGAUCCUAUUCUUAUUGAAUGUUUAGAGAAGAAGCUUUUAGAAAGACAUCUGAUGUCAAACCAGCAGUAAAACUAUCAGAAUUUUUCUUUGUGACUUUUGGACAUCACUGUAUAAAACUUUGUCAUUCACAAACAUCCAAAUUCGUUAUAAGUGCAAUUACAUAAUAUUGUUAAUGUAAAGUUUAAUCCUAAAAUUAUAUUUGUAUUAUAAUAAUUAUAUAUUUUAUAUAGUUUUUAUUUAAUGU